GAGGCAGGAGAAAACGAGGAGGAGGAGGAGGUCUGCCUUUAACUCCGCCUCUGGACUCUCAGAUCAUCUCCUUCUCCUCAAUGCCGAAGACACACAGAGAGACAGGGAAGGAGAAGCACCAGGAGGGCGCCCGAGCGAGAAGGAGCAGCAGCAGCGACCAUGGCCACCUCCUCCACAGCGUCCCAGCUCAGCCCGGAGUCCGACCGCAGCGCACCUCUGCUCCCGUCCGCCGCCGCCGCACCGCCGGUCGACUCCCGGCGAUGAAUGAGGAGCCGCACCUGGGGGGCCGUGGACAAAAUGCGGGUCAUCUUCAUCCAGAACGCCGGUUUCGUCGCAGCUUUCUCGCCUCUCGCGCGUGCAGGAUGACAGAUGAUGCGAUGCGUUCACCCACGCGCUGCUCGACCGACGCGUGAGGGGAUCCGAGCCGUUUAUGCGGGAUUGUUUUAAUGGGAUAGAGAGCGAGGGGUUAUUAUAGCCAAUACAUCCGAAAGCGUGUUGAGCUUCCGGCAUGCAGCCUGCAGCCGAAACCUGAACACGGAUUCUAUUCAAUAGAUUUAUUAGUGAUAGAUGCAUUAGAUUAUGUUUGGAUCUAUUAUUAUUCUUUUUGCCUCUAUUAGUCUAUUAGUGCAGGUGAUAAUAACAUAGGUGAGAUAAAACAUGCAUUUUAUAAGCGAUACAUUUUUUAUCCAAGACAAUCUGGAAGUGUUAGUUUCCACUCAUGAAAAUAUAACUAGUGGUAUUUUUUGUUAUUUAUUUAUUUAUUGUUACUAAUUUUAGGCCUUUUAAGUGUUAAUCGUAUCAGUGUUUUUAAGUAUAUUUAUCAGUGGAAGGUGCUGUCAGGGGCGUUAAUAGUAAAUAAAAAUGGAGGCGGGGUUUAAGCUUCAUCGGGGGCCCACCAGCCCAGAGUCUCAGGGGGGCCCCCCGGCCAGCGGCUCGCCCGAGGGGACCCCGCCGAGCGGUGACGGGCGCAGGAGCUCGGGCGUGAAGAAACACCACCACAAGCACAAUCUGAAACACCGCUACGAGCUGCUGGAGACGCUGGGGAGGGGCACGUACGGCAAGGUCAAGAAGGCCAUCGAGCGGCACUCCGGCAGAGAGGUGGCUAUUAAAUCCAUUCGGAAAGAGAAGAUCAAGGACGAGCAGGACAUGGUGCACAUUCGCAGAGAGAUUGAGAUCAUGUCGUCACUCCGCCACCCACACAUUAUCUCUAUAUAUGAAGUGUUUGAGAACAAAGACAAGAUUGUGAUUGUGAUGGAGUAUGCCAGCAAAGGGGAGCUAUAUGACUACAUCAGCGAGCGCCGACGCCUGAGUGAGCGUGAGACCCGGCGCUUCUUUAGACAGAUAGUCUCUGCUGUACACCACUGCCACAAGAACGGAGUGGUGCACAGGGAUCUAAAACUGGAAAAUGUGCUACUUGAUGAAAGCGGUAAUAUUAAGAUUGCUGACUUUGGCCUGUCCAACCUCUACCAUAAGGACAAGCUGCUGCAAACCUUCUGUGGAAGCCCGCUUUAUGCUUCACCAGAGAUUGUCAAUGGAAGACCAUACAGGGGCCCAGAGGUGGACAGCUGGGCUCUUGGGGUCCUGCUGUAUACCCUGGUCUAUGGAACCAUGCCAUUUGAUGGGGGAGACCACAAAAACCUCAUUCGCCAGAUCAGCAACGGCGACUACAAAGAACCCACUCAGUCCUCAGACGCCCGUGGACUGAUCCGCUGGAUGCUGAUGGUGAACCCCGAGCGCAGGGCCACAGUAGAGGACAUAGCCAAUCACUGGUGGGUAAACUGGGGCUGGAAGAACAGCGUGUGCGACUGUGAGACCCAACGAGACCAAGGAGGCUCACCCAUGCUAGCCCGCUUCAUCGACUGGCAGAACCGCACCGAGCCUCGUGGUACCGGAACCAAGACUUCAGCCAUGCCCCAAAUGCUGCGCCAGAGGCCCAAGAAGUGCAAGAAGGAGAAUGUUGAGGCAGGACAGUUACAGAGCGUAGCAGAGGAGAAACCAGGUCUGAAGAGACCAAAGGGCAUUCUGAAGACCCGGGUGAUGGAGGAGCAGCAGUCUGCCUGCUUUGACGAGGGGGAGCUAAACAAAGCAGCGCUACCUCAGGAAGCAGAAGCUGAAGAGGAGAGCUCCAGCCCAGAGAGAGAGGAAGGGGACUUCCCUUUAGGUGGUGGAUCGCCGGCCAAGAUGGUGCCCUCUCUGCCUAAGAAGGGCAUUUUGAAGAACAACCAACAACGGGAAUCAGGGUACUACUCUUCCCCGGAGCGCAGCGAGUCCUCUGAGCUUUUGGGGGGUGCCAGUAUGUCUCUGGUAGCCAGCUCCCCUCCCAAGAGGGCAAUCGGAAGAAAGGGCAUCUUGAAGCGAAACGGCAAGUACUCCACCUACAGCGGGGUGCCGUCAGCAGCGACAGUGGCGAGGGUCCUGAGCGACCCCCCUCCCCCGGCAGACUCGGGCCUGUCCCGCAGUCAGAGCCGACCCUCCAGCAUGGUGGGAGAAGACAGCUCCGUCCUGUCCCUGUCCCCGAGCGCCCUCAGCGGGGCCGAGUGGCACCCCUCCGCUCCGCACCACCACCCAAGCAUCAGGGCUUGCGUCUCUGCUGAAAACCUUCUGCACCUCGCCAACUUCAAGGGUUUCCAGACUGCCCCGCCCCUGCAGGGGCCCAAGUUCAACCUUGGCUCCAAAGCGAAGGGCUCCCCUGGGGACAAUGGAAGCUUCUCCUUGCUGGGGGAUCUGGAGGACAUGACUCAGGUGUACCAGCAAGCCCUGGACAUCAGCAGCAACCUCACCUAAAGAGACGGAUUCAAACGGGACUGUGGGUGUGUGAAUGCGUGUGCACUGAUGGGUGACAUUAACGACCAGUGCGUUACUGGGAUACACCUAUAGGAGGUUGCGGCUUUUGUUUUGUGGCCAAAACCUCGAUCGGAAAGCCAUGUCUCCGUUCACAGACAUGCCGACACAAAGCGCAUUUCUUUGACGAGAGAAAAUUGAACCGAGGUUUUGCUAACAGUGGAAAAGGUCAGAAUGCCACCGAGUAGACUCCGCUGCGUUCCACAUGUUUACAUAUUCAGCAAAAUCCUAAACGCAGCAGCCACAAUCUGCCCAACUCUCCUUCUCCACCAACAUAGUUCAAGUUUACAAAAGCACCUUAAAACUCACAGAGAGCACAUGCUUUUGUGACUUCUUUUGAAAGAACAAAAAAUGUACAAAAAACCAGGGUCUUGUUCCAAAGAAAAAAAAAAUAAAAACAAAACAAAAAAAUCCUAAAAACUACGUUUAUUAUUUAUUGAUAUUUUGUAGCUUUAGUUAAGUGCAAAACAGGUGCGUGGUGGCUAUAACUGGAAGGGUCUGAAGUUCC